CACGUGAGCCAAAACCACCGCAGACUCUGCAUCCUCGCGUUCCCCCCUCCAAUAGAGCUCUUCAAGGACAAACCUGGGCUUGCUGCUGAGCUCGCGCGCGUCGAGUCUCAUCAACACCGACCGUCUACCCCAGGCACAGACGAGGGACACCAGCGUAUUCGGCACACGAAUCUCGCGCUGCUGCAGACAUAUGGACCUAAUGCUUGGAGAAUUCAUAAUUACUUGUUAGAAGCGACAGCCAAGCAAGCAGAAACAGCGCUCGAGGAGUUGAAGCAGCGGCACCACAAGAUGUUAACAGAGAACGCAAGAACUCUCAGCAUCCUUCAGAUUGAGAUGGCAAAUGUAGCUCUUGAUGCAGAAGUUGACCGACUGAAUAAAAAGGAGGCUGAGCUCGCUAGCAUAUAACACCAUGUAGUUUAUUAGGUACUUAACCGAAAUAGGCUAAACCGCCCGCUCAACGUUGCGCUCUGCCUA